CCGGACUGUACAGGUUUGAGUUUGACACCGUCAAUAAAACCAGUCUGGGAACUAAAAUAGGAUUUUUAAAAUUUCUACCUUUUAAACAUCACAGACGGAUUAACGUGCAGCGUGUACAAAAUUCCUGAGACUUGAACCUCCCGUCCAUCAGCAUCCGCUUCUGAGCCCAUGACACUUACCUCGAACACAUAAUCAGUGCCAGACAUCCUCCGUUCCCAAUAAAUGAAUCAAUCUGUCAGAUCGGUACCAGAACAAGGAACCUAAAAACCCUAAAACCAGCCACGUGGUGGACCUUCAUCAGUUGGAAACCCGUUUUUCCACUUUAGGACUUUACUAAAGGCAGUUCUACCCCCGUCUCGCCUCGGAUUUAUUCCAUUCUAACACACAGCACACGGCGUUCCUUCAUUAACGCUCCUCUGUCGCUCGUCCUGAGACCCUCACGUCCCUCGUUAGAACGUCUGUAAAACACGUCCAUCGGUAUCCAUGGAGGCGCGUCGGCCAGCCGCCGUUCCCUUCCUCGCCGUUAGCUGAGAAUAACCCAGCUCGCCGUCGUAAGGUCUCCGCGUCCGACCGGCACCCUGGCGGAACACCAGCAGCUCCGUGAGGCCAUGGCGUCCUCCGUGCGCUUCACCGUCACCCCCACCAAGGCCGAGGACGUCCCGGGACUGUCGGACGCUUCGCCGGACAUCAGCUCGCGCGGCGCCAGGGUGCACUUCGGCUCGCGGGAGAGCGUCAGUAACAGCGAGGACACGCCCGACCGCAGCCACCACGACCAGGGAGAAGGGAACCCCAAGAUCUCCAGCGUCUACAUCAACAACAGUCACAACACUGACGAUGAUGAUUUCUACGACCGAAACCUGGCUCUGUUUGAGGAAGAGAUGGACACUCGUCCAAAGGUUUCCUCUCUCCUCUCGCAUCUGGCUAACUACACAAACCUCACACAGGGAGCGCGAGAGCACGAGGAGGCCGAGAGCAUCGGAGAGAAACGCAAACCCCACAAGUCUCCUCAGAUGGGUACGUUCAUGGGCGUGUACCUGCCGUGCCUGCAGAACAUAUUCGGGGUCAUCCUGUUCCUCAGGCUCACCUGGGUGGUGGGUACUGCGGGGGUGCUGCAGGCGCUCUGCAUCGUCUUCAUCUGCUGCUGCUGCACCAUGCUGACGGCCAUAUCUAUGAGCGCCAUCGCUACCAAUGGAGUGGUACCAGCCGGGGGCUCCUAUUUUAUGAUCUCCAGAUCAUUGGGCCCUGAGUUUGGGGGUGCAGUGGGGUUAUGUUUUUAUCUGGGCACCACCUUCGCUGGGUCCAUGUACAUCCUGGGAGCCAUCGAGAUCCUCCUGAUGUACAUCGCGCCGUCGGCCGCCGUCUUCUACUCCCACGAGCCCGAGGGCGAGGCGGCGGCCAUGCUGAACAACAUGCGCGUGUACGGCUCGGUGUUCCUGCUGCUCAUGUCGCUCCUGGUGUUCGUGGGCGUGAAAUACGUCAACCAGCUGGCGUCUCUGUUCCUGGCCUGCGUCAUCGUCUCCAUCCUCUCCAUCUACACCGGGGCGCUGGUGUCCGCCUUCAGCCCGCCCUCCUUCCCUGUGUGUGUGUUGGGGAACCGGAGCCUCUCCCGGCACGAGCUUCACGGCGACAGGUGCGCCAAGACGGUCCUGGAGCCGCAACCGGACCUCGUGGUCUACGCCAACGCCAGCGCGGGCGAGAACGAGACGGAGGCCACGCCCGCGCCGCCGGUGAUGGUGGAGAGGACCACGGCGCUGUGGCGGCGCUUCUGUAACUCGUCCGAGCUGAACGCCGUGUGUGACGAGUACUUCGCUCACAACAACGUCACCCAGGUGCAGGGCAUCCCCGGCCUCGCCAGCGCCGUCAUUACAGAGAACAUCUGGAGCUCGUACCAGAGUAAAGGAGAUCUUCUGGAGCAGGGGUCCAGCCCCGCCCCCAGCCCCGCCCCCUACACCCACCACUUUCCGUACGUGUUUGCCGACAUCACCACGUCCUUCACCGUCCUGGUGGGAAUCUUCUUCCCCUCUGUAACAGGUAUCAUGGCGGGUUCGAACCGUUCGGGUGAUCUGAAGGACGCCCAGCGCUCCAUACCCAUCGGCACUAUUCUGGCCAUCCUCACCACCUCCGUCGUGUAUCUCAGCAGUGUUCUGCUCUUCGGUUCCUGUGUGAAGGGAGUGCUGCUCCGAGACAAGUUUGGAGACUCGGUGAAUGGUAAACUGGUGGUCGGUACCCUCUCGUGGCCUUCACCCUGGGUGAUUGUGAUUGGUUCCUUCUUCUCUACGUGUGGUGCAGGUCUGCAGUCGCUUACCGGCGCCCCCCGUCUGCUGCAGGCCAUCGCCAAGGACAACAUCAUUCCCUUCCUCAGAGUGUUCGGUCAUGGUAAAGCUAACGGAGAACCCACCUGGGCUCUGCUGCUCACUGCGUUCAUCGCUGAACUGGGAAUUCUCAUCGCCUCACUGGAUCUGGUGGCUCCCAUUCUCUCUAUGUUUUUCCUGAUGUGUUAUCUCUUUGUGAAUCUGGCAUGUGCACUCCAGACCCUUUUGAGGACCCCCAACUGGAGACCCCGAUUCUCCUAUUAUCACUGGGCCCUGUCGUUCUUGGGGAUGGUCAUUUGCCUGGCCUUGAUGUUCAUUUCCUCCUGGUACUACGCCAUCGUUGCCAUAGUGAUCGCCGGCAUGAUCUACAAGUACAUCGAGUAUCACGGGGCGGAGAAGGAGUGGGGCGACGGCAUCCGAGGUCUGUCUCUGAGCGCCGCCCGUUACGCCCUGCUCAGGCUGGAGGAGGGACCACCACACACCAAAAACUGGAGACCUCAGCUGCUGGUCUUGCUGAAGCUGGAUGAAGAUGCCCACGUCAAAUCUCCACGUCUGCUGACCUUCGCCUCUCAGCUCAAGGCGGGUAAAGGACUGACCAUCGUGGGGACGGUCCUCCCCGGCAACUUCCUCUUCAGCUACGGAGAGUCGCUGGCCGCUGAGCAGACCUUGAAGCAUCUGAUGGAGAAGGAGCGGGUGAAGGGAUUCGUGCAGUGCAUCGUGGCCCAGAAACCGCGCGAGGGCAUCAGUCACAUGAUCCAGUCCAGCGGUUUGGGUGGCAUGAGGCCCAACACGGUGGUGAUGGGGUGGCCCCAUGCCUGGAGGCAGAGUGAAGAUCCUCAGAGCUGGAAGACCUUCAUCAACACCGUGCGCUUGACCACAGCAUCACAUCUGGCUCUGCUGGUACCCAAAAACAUCUCUCUGUACCCCACCAACAGUGAGCCGUAUACAGAGGGUUACAUCGACGUGUGGUGGAUCGUACAUGAUGGAGGAAUGCUCAUGCUGCUGCCCUUCCUACUGCGCCAACACAAGGUGUGGCGUAAGUGUGGGAUGAGGAUCUUCACUGUAGCUCAGAUGGAAGAUAACUCCAUCCAGAUGAAGAAGGACCUGGCCACGUUCCUCUACCACCUGCGUAUAGAAGCUGAGGUGGAGGUGGUGGAGAUGCAUGACAGUGAUAUCAGUGCGUACACGUACGAAAGAACCCUGAUGAUGGAGCAGCGCUCUCAGAUGCUCCGACAGAUGCGCCUCUCCAAAUCCGACCGAGACAAAGAGGCCCAGUUGGUGAAGGACAGGAACUCCAUGCUGAGGUUAACGAGUAUCGGCUCUGACGAUGAUGACGACACCGACGGAGGGGGUGGGGCAGAUAAAGCGGGCGGAGCCGCCGAGCAUAGGCGUGUCCACAUGACCUGGACCAAAGACAAAGCUCUGGAACUGCGAGGACACAAACAAUCGAACACACACGUUUACUCCGACUGCAGCACGCCCGAGGGCUUCAGGGACAUGCUCAGCAUCCGGCCGGAUCAUUCCAACGUCAGACGCAUGCACACCGCCAUCAAACUCAACGAGGUCAUCGUCAACAAGUCCCAUGAUGCUCGGCUGGUUCUGCUCAACAUGCCGGGGCCGCCGAGGAACCCCGACGGAGACGAGAACUACAUGGAGUUUUUGGAGGUUCUGACCGAAGGCCUGGAGCGCGUCCUAUUGGUCCGGGGAGGAGGAAGUGAGGUCAUCACCAUCUACUCCUGACCGAGCCCCGUCCGUCCUGCGGCGAUGGAACUACGUCGCGGGACGCAGAGAGCAGGCUCCGCCCACUACGCCGUAUUCACCAUCGUCCAGCUCCUCUGGUUGCCAAAAAAAAAAAACCCUCAUCUGCACAAAUUCGUCUUAUUUCAUUAGGGAUCAGUGUUGAAACGAGCAGCUCCGGCCUCCCUGCGAGACAGACCAGUCUGUGGUGUUCCACACACGGGCGUGUUUAUUCCACAGUGGGACAGCGAGAGGUUCCGUGGUCGACUCAGGGUUCUUCUGGUUGGUGGACCUUCUGUGUGUGUGUGUGUGUGUGUGUGUGUGUGUUUUAGCCUGUUGAUCUAUGGUUAAAGGAACACCCCGACACGCCCGCCGUCUGUACUGGAGGUGUGAGGAUCAUGUAGCGACUCCCGGCAGUCACAGUACAGAAGCCUCCGUCCUGUCGUCCAGCAGCCUUGCUUCUGAGGUGUGUUAAGGUGGACCGUGAUUCCUCACACCUCCACUACAGACUGGAGUGUGUGUGUGUGUGUAACCUGGAGUGUUCCUUUAACCCUGCAGAACCUGCUGUUGAGUGUGAGGAUGUGGAAUGAUGAUGAUGAUGAUGAUGAUGAGGAGGGUUAAUUCAGCAAUAUGAAGGCGAAGGCGUUCUUGCACAUGUUCUCCUUUUUGCAGCAUGAUGUUUUAUGGUUUUAUUGUGCUUCAUGACGACAGAAGCUCUGCAUGUUCAGGCAUUAAAGUCGAUUCUUACUCAA